ACUCCAAAGUCCAAACCCCCACCGAGCCACGCGACGAGCCGCGCCGCCAUGUGGCCACUCUCCUACCUGCCGCCGGCACCGGCGCAGCAGUUGCGAGCGCACCCCGGUCCCGGCUCCGGCCGCGGGCCCAGGCCGCAGCCGUGCGGGCUGCCGUUCCCCGACGCCCUCCGCACGGCUGCGGCUGCGGCCGCCGUCUCCCUUUCUCUCAUCUAUGGCAACGGCGUGGGCGCGGCCUUCGCGGCAUCAGCGGCGCAACCCACGGAGGUGUGCCGGAACGGGGGCGCGGAGAUGGUAGAGGAGGUGAGGGCCGAGGCGGUGACUAACGAGCAGCUCGUGGAGGAGGCGUGGGAGGUGGUCAACGAGAGCUUCCUCCCCGACGCCGCCAGCCGUCCGUGGUCGCCAGAGAUGUGGAUGCAAAGGAAGCAGGAUGUUCUCCAAGGCACAAUUAAAUCUCGUGCUAGAGCCCAUGAUAUCAUUCGCAAGAUGCUAGCGAGCCUCGGUGACCCUUACACUCGGUUUCUAUCUCCCUCCGAAUUCUCAAAGAUGUCAAAAUAUGACAUGACGGGAAUUGGAUUAAAUCUGCGGGAGAUUCCUGAUGAAAAUGGUUCUUUUAAGUUGAUGGUAUUAGGGCUGUUGUUAGAUGGGCCUGCUUACUCUGCUGGUGUUAGACAGGGUGAUGAGCUUUUAUCAGUCAACGGCAUUGAUGUAAAGGGUAAAUCUGCAUUUGAUGCUUCAUCCAUGCUGCAAGGUCCAAAGGAGACGUUCGUUACGAUUAAGGUUAAGCAUGGCGACUGUGGUCCUGUUGAGUCAAUGAAGGUGCAGAGGCAACUGGUUACUCGAACUCCAGUUUUCUAUCGUUUGGAGAAAAGAGAAAACAAUGAUUCAUCUGUUGGGUAUAUUCACAUUACAGAGUUCAAUGCAGUGGCCAAAAAAGAUUUGGUUAGUGCGCUAAAACGUCUACAGAAAUCAGGCGCCUCCUAUUUUGUUCUGGAUUUGAGGGACAAUCUUGGUGGACUAGUGCAAGCUGGAAUCGAGACAGCAAAGCUCUUUCUGAAUAAAGGAGACACGGUCAUUUAUACUGCUGGCCGGGAUCGCCUAGUCCAAAAGGCAAUUGUUGCUGAAAGUGGACCUAUGAUUGCUACUCCCCUCAUGUUGCUGGUGAAUAAUAGGACAGCAAGCGCCAGUGAAAUAGUUGCUUCAGCACUUCAUGACAAUUGCAAAGCUGUUCUUGUUGGCGAAAGGACUUUUGGCAAGGGCUUAAUCCAAUCUGUAUUUGAACUUCAUGAUGGUUCUGGUAUUGUCGUCACAGUUGGCAAAUACGUGACACCAAACCACAAGGAUAUCAAUGGGAAUGGAAUAGAACCGGAUUACAAUCGUCUUCCUGAUUUCAAUGAAGCCAAAGAUUUCCUUUCACGAUGCGGAAUUAAAGAAUUAAGCUGACAGACGUUUGUGGCAGAUUUCAAUGAAGCAUUAUAUUCUGAAGGUUCUCUCACGGGUCAGACGACCUAAUAUGAUAGAAUUGAUAUGGAACAGAGCUGAUGCUCCGCCUGACUACUACACGACCCUCUAUGUCGCGCGCCGCUGAUACCAUAAGCAGCGUAUCGGCGAGCGUCGACACAGCCUCUACAGUACAGGGCGAACAUGUUGCUGGUGGCCUCUGCUGCAUGGUGCAAGAAAUAGAGUACACGUGGCGCUCAUCUAAGGCAUCGCAAAUGGUUGAUUCCUAAUCCAACACAAUAUGUGAAUAGCUUGUGGUCUGUUCAAGGCACUUAGUCAAAAUAUACUUCUGACUAAAUCCUUUUUAAUUGUCGGUUUCACGUCCUGUCA